AUGCUGGCCUACCAAGAGGUCGCGACCGACGCCGACAUCUUCCGCCCAGAUGGCUUCAUCGUCUUCUCGCGCUCCGAUGGCGAUCCGGAGUUUGUCCCACCCAACCUCGCGGUGCCCAAGCCCACCGACCACGAGGUCAACUACUACCACAUCUUUGAUCGCGACGAGGACAGGCAUCAGUCCUGGAGGCUCGCCAUCGGCGGCGCGCUCGCAGAGAGCUUCGGCCUGCCAAAAGUCUCUGCGGACAAAAAGGAGUGGAAGCUGUACGACUUUCCGGCCAACUAUGAUUUUGCAGAGCAGCGAAAGGGCCCCAAGCACAACGUCCGCACCGACCCGUACCUCUUUGCCCGCAAGGGACACCGCUUUCGCUCGACCAAGGAGGCCAUUCCGCACCUCGAGUGGCUGCUGCGCGACCCGGACCUCGAACCCUCCAACUGCCUUUGCAAAUACUGCCACGGCGGCGCGCGCAAGUCGACGGGCACCCCGUCAUCGUCGACGCCGAGCCGCGUGAAAAAGGCCGAGGCGGCGGCGGCGGCCAGGGCAUCGCCAUCGCCGCGCGCCAUGGUGCCCGGCGUCUCGAUCGACUCGGUGCCGCAGCGCGAUGCCGAGAUCAUGCGCGACAUCAAGCAGGGCCAGAGCGAGGGCUUCCGCGUCGGCGAAGUCGUCUGGUACCGCCUCGAGCAUCCCAUCGUCGACCCCACCGAGCCCAGCCGCAAGAUCGACCAGUGGCCCGUCCUGGUCGAGGACCCCACCCUCAUGGUCCAGGUGGCCCCCGCCAACCCGGCGUCGUCAUCGGCAUCGGCGUCGGCUUCGGCGCCGCCCGUGCCAGACGGCGCCGAAGCCGCAUCGCCAAACAACGACGGCGACAGCGCGACGGCAGCCAACACCAUCCCUGCACCGUCCUCGUUGUCUUUCUCGCUUGCGGGUCGCGUCUCGCAGCAGCGCAUGUACCACGUGCGCUUCCUCGGCGCCGCCGACAGCGCAAAGGCGCUCGAAACGUCGCUGCUGCCGUUCCUCUCGGGCUUCAUCCCCGAGGGGCUGCUCGGCAGCGCGCUUGGCGACAUCGACCAGCACUCGUGGCUCCAGACGGCCGAGGAGACGCCGCUGCUCGACCUCACCCGCAAGGACGGCGGCGAACCUAACUAUGGCCGCGCCAUUGUCGCGUUCGCCUACGCGAUGCAGACAGCGGCCAUCCUCCGCAGCACCUACGUCGCGACCGACGUCUACUCGAAGGCCAGCACGGGCGCCGGCAUGUUCCAGGGCCUCUUCUUUGGCGUCGAGCGGAUCUGGGUGGGCGAGGUGGUGCGCCUCAAGCUGUCCGUCGCGGACCUCAAAAAGCUGCAGCGCGAGCUCAACGCUGCCCUCGUCCGCGCGCUACCUCCGGAUGCCAAGGACCCGCCCGCCGUGUACCUCGACGCCGACGCGUCGUACGUUCUGCGGCUGGCCGCCAUCUGCAAGGAGGCCCACGGCCACCAGUCGCCCAUCCGCGUCGCCGGCGAAAUGUACCAGAUUGUGACGGCGGCCAAGUACAACCGCGCCAAGAAGGAGGAGGCCGAGAGGGAGCAGCUGCUGCUGCAGCAGCAGGCGGCGGCAGCGGAGACGAAAGGGGCGGGCGAAGCACCGGAAGAGGCAGAGGCAGGAGCCAGCGAAGCCAGCGCCAACGCGACGGACAAGCCGGGCAAAGCCGCCGAGGGCGCCCAGCGCUCCGGAUCGGCGAAGCCGUCGACGACGCCGCCGGCGCCGCCGCUGCGCAUGAAGCUGCCGGAGCCGAGCAUCCUGCGCGCCAAGCCGGGCCACCCGGCCAUGCCGCCGCUGCCGCAGGGCUUUGUCAUGAUCCCGCUCUCGGACAAGAUCGGGGCCAAGGUGCCGCAGGAGGUGUCGAUGCCCGUCGAGCUGGUGGCGGGCCGCAUCUACCCGUCGUACGGCGUGCCCGCCGACGGUCCUCGGGUCGACGAGCAGGUCAAGCUGGGCCCCAAGGACGCCAAGAAGGCGGCCGACGAGGACACGCAGGACGAGCUGCGCGCGCGCCUCAGCGUCGCGGGUCUGCUGGGCGGGUGCGUCAAGCCGAUGGCGGCCAGGAGCGAGGUCAUCAGCCGCAGCACGGCGCUCAAGGCCGCCUUUGAGAUUGCGCGCGGCGACAUCAUCCGGCUCAUUACGCAGCCCGACGAGCUGAGCGAGGACGAGUUGGAAGACGAGCUGGCGGGCGGCGACGACACGGCCGCCGACAUCUCGGUGCUGCCCGCGUCGACGACGGCGACGACGUCGAACGCUGCCGGUACCGCCACCGCCACCGCCACCGCCACCGUCGGGGCCGGGACCGGGGCCGGGGGUGAAGAGGCGCCGGGCCAAGACUCUACGGCCUCGUCGGGCGGGGCGACGAAGCGAUCUGCCGAGGGCGAGGUGGGCGAGGCGACGGCCAAAAAGGCUAGGGGCAGCGACGAGGCGGAGGGGGAGGCGCCGCUGCCCGAGGGAUGGAUCACGAGGGCGUCGAGGUCGACGGGCCAGGUCUACUACGUCUACAUGCCGACCAAGGCGACGCAGUGGGAGCGACCCACGUAG